GGAAAAUAAGCUAUUCUCAUUCCGCGGGGAAAGUCAUAUAAUUCAAAUGUAGAACACAAGUACUCAAACCAAAGAACAGCCAUAAUACUAUUGUAGAGAUGGACCCCACGCUAUGUCAAACUGCCCACCAAGUCCGCCUCCUCGGCCGCCAAAACCACAUAACCAACACCUCCGGCCUAGCCCCAGGAUACCUACAAGCCAACCUGCUCAUCCUUCCAUCGCAACACGCCGACGAUUUCCACAACCUGUGUCUCCGCAAUCCAGUCUCCUGUCCCUUACUUGGACUCACCCAGAAGGGCAACCCCCACAUCAUUUACCCGUCGUCCUGCAUCAAGGAGAAGGACUUCGACCUUCGCACAGACUGUCCCAAAUACCGCGUUUACAAAGAUGGCAAGUAUAUUGAAAGCCGUACCGAUCUCAUGAAUCUUUGGACAGACGACUAUGUCGGCUUUUUAAUCGGAUGCUCUUUUUCCUUUGAAGAUGCCCUGUCUGACGCGGGGCUCAGACCAAGACACCAAGCCACGGGGACCAUUGUUCCCAUGUACAAAACACGGAUUCCAUUGUUAGCAUCCGGGAUCUUCAAGAACGGAACUUGUAUUGUUUCUAUGAGACCCUAUCGCGUGGAAGAUGUAGAGAGGGUUAGGGAGAUCACAAGACCAUUCCUAGCCACGCAUGGGGAGCCGGUUGACUGGGGAUGGGAUGCCCUCGAGCGGUUGGGUAUUAGCGAUAUUGAGAAACCGGAUUACGGAGAGAGACAGGUUUUUGAAGACGGUGAGGUUCCAGUUUUCUGGGCAUGUGGUGUCACACCACAGAUGGCAGUGGAGUCGGCAGGAGACCGAAUCGAAGGACUUGUGUUCGCGCAUGAGCCAGCUCAUAUGUUGGUUACGGAUUUUACUGUCAAAGACUUGGAAACAUUGGGAAAGCCCCUUUAUAACUGAUCCGAUAGACGUUUCAUUCUCUUGUCUCUUCGUCUCCCUGUGUAACGGACCUUCGCUAUUGUUAAAGCCAAUGUAUGCUCCUGGGUAUAUUGGAAUAAAGCUGGAAAGCGUGGGCAGAUACCGAUAUCAAUUUUUUU